UCAUCCCUAGAUAUCACCACCGUACCGUUUUAUGGGUCACUUGUUUAUCGUUGUAGAUCUAUGUAAUACCAAAAAGGAGAAACUGCAGUUUUUAGCGUUAUUAGUGUGUGGUAUUUGAAGUUGCGGUUAGUACGUGAAAUUCUUUGGUAGAAUCUUCGCAAGUGAUUGUCUAUACUGGCCCUGUCCCUGUCAUCACUGACCGCGUAGCUGGAGGCUUUCAGUAUCAUGCUUGCAUCUCAGCAGUUUUGUGUGAAGUGGAAUAGUUAUACCACUAACUUGCAAAAUGUGUUCCCACGACUUCUUUCCUCGGAACACUUUGUCGACCUCACUCUUGCGUGUGAAGGUCGGAUGAUAAAGUGUCACAAAGUCGUGCUGUCAGCAUGCAGCACAUAUUUCGAAAAGAUGCUUGUGAACAAUCCGUGUCAACAUCCAAUCAUAUUCAUGAAGGACAUGAAACACUGGGAGGUGCAGGCACUUGUUGAUUUUAUGUACAAGGGGGAGGUGAAUGUGAGUCAGGAUGAAUUGAAUUCACUAUUGGAGGCAGCCGAAGCAUUGCAGAUACGGGGGCUGUGUGGGUCUGAUCAGUCAACUUCAACAGCAGCAGCUGUGCCUCGUUCCAAUCCUCCCCAGGAUUCUGGGUCUGUGUCAACUGCAACACCAAGUGACCGGGACUCACCACCAGCAAAGAGGCCUCGUAGGUCAGCGGAUGAGGAUGACAGUGGAGGAACUGGUCCAGUGCUAGACAGUGGACUGACAGAGAGAGAAAGGAGUAGCAAUGGUGCUGCUGCAUGUGAGAAGAAGGACAUAAAACAAGACAUAAAGCAAGAGCCAGACACGGACGAUAACUUUGCAGAAACAGAAGUUGAUGAUGAGAGACAAGAUGAUCAUUACGCCAAUCAUGAACCUCAGGAUGAUUCGGACAGCAAAGACCCUCCACCAUCUCCUCUGGAUGUACCUGGUCCAUCAGGGCAGUCCAUCAUUUCUUCUCACCAUGCGGUCAACAGUGAAAAAUCAACAACAGAUCUGGGUUCAGCACUAGCACUGCAGAAUGUGAUGUGUGUCCUGAAGCCACAGCAACAGGCUCAAAUGCAGCAAUCUAUGCCACAGUUUGCAGCCAUAUUGCCAGCACCCAGUGGGAACAGCAGUCUCAGCAACAGUGCUGACAGUAAGGAUAUUAGUCACAUUUCAGCUGCAUUACAGCAUUCUACUCCCACAGUGCGAGUUCGCCGUUCAGAAGAAGAACUACAAAAGGCAGCGGAGUGUGUGCAGAAAGGGAUGACCUUCCAGAAUGUUUCAGACAUAUUUAAUAUUCCAAUCUCGACAAUACGUUUCUACAUGGCACGGCGAGGCAUACUUCCACAGAGACGGCGAGGCCGUGUUUCAAAUUCUGGAGCUACGCCAGUUGCCUCGGCACAUGCACAGCCACCUUCAUACAUGCUAUUGCACUACAAACUGCCUGAUAUGGGCCAAGGUCAACAGCAGUUGCCGGCUCCUGGCCAGGUCCAUAUUCAGCAGCAGCAGCAGCAGCAACAACAACAACAGCAGCAGCAGCAACAGACAUCUGGAACUGUCACUGUGCCAACAACUGCCUCUGUUGGAUGGAAGACUUCAGAUAAUUGAACCAGAGCACUAUAUUGGUAUGGGCUGUGGCAAAUGGGCACAAAGUACAUUUGUGAAUGUCCAGAUGAGGAUAUAAUAUUGAAUGAAAGAUAGCCAUGACCAGUCAUGAAGUCAAAGUAAUUUGGUGGCUGUUGGUAGACAAAUAUCACAACUGUGAGUAUCCAUAGCAGUUUAUGGCUAAACAGUUACAUACUAGCCAUGAAUAUUUACAGAUUUCUGUUUUAAAGAAUUGAUGGACUGUCUUCUGAAUUUUUGUGUUUUUAAAACAGUAUUUUCUGUGCAACUGAGAGGUCUGCUCAUUCUCUAUAGCGUAUUCUUCAUCGUACAUUUAAUGUAUUUGGUUAUUAAAUGACUUAGCACAAAUAUGUUAAUCGUGGCUUCUUGCCAAUGGAAGCUUUUUGCUCACCAUUAAUGAUGACAGUGCAGUACUUAACUGAUAAUUUUUCUAAGUAUUGAAUGGUCAUGGCUUUCUGCUGUACCAUAUUUAUUGUGUGAGGCACAUUUGUAUGGAAGGUAAUAAAUGUUUUCAUAUAUGAACUAUUUUUAUUAGAGUUCUGCACAUUGUUGGAGUAGCCUGAAGAGUACUGUGUAAACAUGUCGGAACAGCAUACACCAAAUGAUAUUACAUGUACAUACUGUUGUCCUGUACCAGAGCACCAUUCUUUGGUAUGUUGGUGUCAGCUUGCAAUUUUCAGUGGUUGCAAUAUAACACUACUCGCAUGCUUCUGUUCCUGGAACAAGUGUCUACUUAUAAUAGGGAAGUUAUAAGUAAUUGUUGGCCUUUGACAGGAAAUUAUGUUGGAUGUUAAGUAACUGCAGAGGCAAUAAGUGUUUAUUUUGGUUUGUUUUGAAAUGUUUAAAGUGGUACACGUAGUUGCAGCAUUGUUGGCAUUACCUGUAACAUUCUAUUGGGUGGUCAACCAGUAUAAUAUUUAUAAAAGUUUAAAAUUAUUUGUCUGAUAGUCCAGUAGGCAACCUUGAAAAUGCAGUAAUUAUUUCAAGACACUUUGUGUUACACCUAGUUUUAAAAAAGUUUUGGACAAUUGGUACUUUUAAUGUCUCUUGUACCUUUGGAGUUAAAGCAACAUAUUGAAGUUGAAAUUGAAAAAUGUUUUGCAACAUAGUAUGAGUGAAGUGUGGGUUGACCCUUCAAAGGAAGAAGAAGAUGAUGAUGAUGAACUGAAAAAUUUCAAUUUGCAGUAUUAAUCGUGUUCUGAAAGUAGAGGCUUUUGUUUGUUACAUUGGUUUUUUUGUUGUUAUGCUUUAUCUUAUCACUGUUGAAUACCCACAGAGAAAACUGCAGGCCACUGGAUUUUUGAAGAUGGCAAUUAAUUUAAGGAUGGAAAUGGCUAACAACUCAAAGAGAAGUAGUAUGCCGUUGACAGUUGUUUCAGUUUUGUGAUGGUGAUUAGUCGGUAAAUGCUUUUCAGAGAGAUCAAUGAACUCAGUAUUCAAUUGUAACAUAUUCAAAAUGAAUUGUUGUGUAGUCAGCAACCAAUAUUUGUUGCAGAAUGUGUCUUGUGUGGCAUUUGUAAGUGAAACUGUAUAUGUGAAACUAGUAUUAACUCUUAAGUAGAAACAUAGAUAAUAUUUUCAGUAUUUGUUUUAUUGCUUGCUGGACAGUUUUUACUAGCCUGUUAAAAUGUCAUAAGCAACUGAACUGUGUGUUGUCUUUGGUCUGUUGACAGAGAAAGGUUGAUUUUAUACAAACAGCUUGAAGUGUUCUGUUCGAGUGGUAUUGUGUAAUUAUAUAUAGACUUAUGAUUCACUGUUAUAACAAGUGGAUUGUCAAAUACCUCAUACUGAAAAAAAGUGUUUAUCUUUUUUAUAGAAUGAAACUAGUUAUUCAGUAUUUAUCAAAGUCAUUAGUAUCUGAUAAAAUUUACUGAACGUCAAACAUGAAAUCUUAAAAAAAAUACCUAAAGAUAGGGAAAAAGCCCUAGAAAGCAAAGUGAUAGCUGGGGUAGGGUUGGCUAAAUGUGCAGAAUUAAAUAAUUAAUAUUGAACUUCUGAAAUGGAAUCUUCCACAUUUGAGUCAUAAUAACUCCUCCUCAUAAUAACGGAAAGAAGGAAAAUAUAGCAGAGAUAUUUCAGAAAAUGAUUAAUUGAAUGUAUUUAAAAUAAAAGUUUUAAAGGAUUCCACUGAUAGCAAUUAAAAUUUGAAAUAAAUCUGAGACCUAAACCAGUCUAUAAUAACAUGUAUAGGGAUGUGGUAAUUGGAUGCUGCUCACACUCUAGAACUCAGUGUGACAAGCUCAUCUUUUACUGUGCAUGAUAAACUACUCGAACUUAUCUCAAAUUUUAAUGUUCUGUGCUCCCCUCUCCCAACUGUACAACCUUUUCUCAGAUUAAAAAAAAGUGCAGAUACUGUCUUGUGCUUGUUUUCUUUCUUUAUCUUAUUCUGAUUGUGAAGAAAAAACAUUUUUAUGAAAAAAAACCUGAAAUUAAACAAUUCUUUUUACUGUAUUUGACAGCACAUGUGGGGGAGGGGAGGUUAUUUAUUGUCAAACUUGCCUCAGGUAUCAGACAUUGAAUAGGGCUGUUUUUGCUUUAUAUUUCUGAGGAUUGCUGCUUCAGUGAUUCUUUACUGUGAUGUACUGUACUGUAACAUAAUGUGUUACAGGCUAUCUGACAUACUAGUACAAAGUAUGAACUAUUGUUAUGACCAGGUAUCAGUGAUUGCUUGUAAAAACAGGUUAGGGGCAUAAGUGAAAAAGAUGUUAAUAUUGAUGGUUUAUUUUGUCUGCUACUGUGCAGUUUGUAUCAGAGAUUUACUAGCAUGUGUUAGUGCCUCAGAGAUGUAUGCCAUUCAGUAUGUUUGUGCUUGUUGACUAUUUAUUGUGUAUGGGAUUAAUAUAAAGUGAUUGUUUUAUAUCUGUUUGAGGUUGACUAUAGGUCUUCAUUGUGCAAGGCUAAUUUACAGUUAUCAGACUUCCAGACCUACAUAUAAGCCUGGUAUGAUGAUAUUAGUUUGGAGAACACUUAAUGGGUUAUAAAAUUAAUGUUUUAUUACCUCUUGCCUUAGUGAUUAACUUCUGCUUAACUUAACUGUUCCUAUCGUAAUCGGUCUUUGACAAGUUCAUGAAGAUAAUUGGCCAUUGACAAGUUCAUGAAGUACCACAUUUCUGAUAUUUGCUGCCCAGAUAAUAUUGAAUAUGUAUAGCCAAUACAUGCCAAUUACAUCAUUAAUUUCAGUUUCUCUCUCUGACAUUAAUAAUUCUUUUUUUCAUAUUUCAAGGAUAAGGACUAGAGAGAAUAUCAAUAUUUCAAAUCUGAUUUUCUGAAUAAUUCUGCUGCUUCAUAUAAACCAUUCAUUUGCUGAUAAUUCAGUUACAAUAUUCAGUCAUUAUCUAAGACUCAAUAGCAAUAUGAAUGUAUUAGUGGUGAGGAAGAAAUCUUAUGAGGACUAUCAUGAUCUAACAAUCUUCUUGCCCUUUUGGAAAUGCACACAAUGUUACUUCUUUUUUCUGAAAGAUUUACAAAUAAGUUACACACGAGGAACUUCUCUAAACUGUCAUCACUCAUCAGUAGCAUGACUGGAAAAGACUGAAGUCAGCAGAGUAUGUUGGCCAACUUUGUAAUAUAAAUGAAACUCUAUAAAAUUGUAUCUGUCCUCUUGUAAUUAAACAGGAACAAUUUUCCCACUUUUCAACGUACUUAGUACUCCACUAAAAUUAGAGUUUGAAAUAAAAUGAAACUGAUAAACUUCAAAAUGUAUUGUUAGUAAACGGUUGUCACAAACCAGCUUGAAAUUACAUGUGGUGUAUUGGGUCACACUUUGCUCUUUUUCCCCUGGUAGUUAUCUUGUUUAUGUUGUUCAGUGUCAGCAGUGUAUUGUUCAGUGCCAGCAGAGCUUCUUCUCAACAUGGUGACACAUACAGCUGUGACACAGAAAAAUUACCAGCAUCUGUCUCAGUUUUUGGUAUUUCAUGUGAAGCAUGUAGAGUCAUUCCAGCUCAUACAUUGAAAACAUAAUGAAAACAUAAUAUAUGAAUAUAUUCGAAUAUCUUUUAGCUGUCAAGUAACAUUAUAACCUCUAUAAAAUCAAGUAUACUGUAGUAGGGUAAAUAAAACUACAUAAUGGUACUGGUAUAUAAGCAGACCAUAAAUCCAUUUUCCUCAUAUACUUUUUUUUAUAAAAUUAGCAUCAAAGCACUGCAUUGUAAAAAUUAAGAACAAUAAAUUUGAAAACAAAAAUAACAGUAUGAUUUGUGCUACUACCACUGCGGCAAGAACGUUGCUUUAAGGAAAGUUUAUUCCCUUUAUUUGAAGGUGUUUCAAUGUCAGAAUGAAACAUUUUUGGCUCUAUUGCAUACUUAGUGAAUGUCCCAUCUUUUGAGGGAUCUGUACAUGUCUCACAUGAAUAGUUAGCAAAAAAUGUAUAUCUGGCAGCAUGAAUUGAGUCAGCAGUUAACAAGGUGCAGUUGAAUAGCAGACUAAUAAACUAAACAUCUGCCCUUAUCCUGUGGUAUUAAGUGAAUUAUAUCAGAUUAUUACUAGCAAAUCAUUGGUACAUGUUUAUGUAACAAAAUGUCUGUUACUGCAGUUAAACAGCAGCUUAUUUCUAGUCCUUUGCAGUAAAGUUUUUCCAUACUCAGGAGUAAUUCAAAAGACAAUCAGAUUUCACAUCUUUAAUGACACUUACUUCACUACAGCAUUGGUAAUAAUAUAGUGUAUUUUGUUCAGUUUGCUGUUUGUGGGGAAAAAUCUCUAUUUUAUCAAACAAUAUGUUGUUGUAUUUCAAAACGUGUCAAUAUUUUUCUUGAGUUAUUGUCAGAUGCAAGAAUGUGUGUGUAUGAGGUAUGCAUAGGUAGUCUUAAUUCGUAUAAAGCUGUAGAAAACAUAUAUGCCAAAAUAUUUAGUAAUACAUUUUCAUGAAUUCAAAUGUAAUUUUGAAUGAUGGAGAAAAAGAUAAGAAACUGGAUGAAGUAUUUUUGUAUUGGUUGCAUGUGACACAUUUCAUCGUACUGCAACACAGUUGAAAUAUUGGAAGAUGUUUAUGCAAAUUUUAGCCAUAUUGUUCAGCCAGCUAUGCUUUUCAAUGGCUCAUUAUUUUAUACAAUGUAGCAUAUGGUGCCUGUUGUAUUGUGACACUACUGGAGGUUUUUGCUGGGGUAACAGAUUUUUUUGUGAACAGGAUUCACAUUUCAUGAUUCAGGGCCCCUGGUGCCUUAUCAAUCUUUGUUUACAGGUACUCUUGCAGCACAAUACCAUUUGCAAAGACUGUUAAAUGGUACUUUUAUAAAGCAUAUUGGUAAUAUGUAAAACAUUGCAAUAUAAAUAUCUUCAUCAUUCUUUACUGUGAUAAAAAGUUACUUUUACCACAUACUCAGUUUGUUCAGGCCGCGGGUGAAUGACAAGUGUUACAUUAGACACACAGAAAACAAAAUUUCGAAAGACUAUUUUAUAUUAUGCCGUAGAAUUAAUUAAUACUUAUAGCAUCAGAACAGCACUGGUUUUUGUACAUAACUGCCAUGUAUUUCGCAUUUGCUACAAAAUGUCUUGUACGUUAAUAAUAGGCUAAAUUGUAAAUGCUUAUCAGGAAAUGAUUAUAAUCAAUUUACAUGACAAAUUAUAAUGUUAUAUUAUUCAGUUCACUAUUUAUUUUGAAUAUCUGUUAUUUUACUGACUUUCUAUCUUUCACUUGAUUUGUGUAUUGGAAUAACUUCAUUUUGGAGUAAAGAAAAGCUGUAAUGUAGCCAAAACACUAAAUUUUCUAUGUGGAAUUGUGUGCGAACAUAACAGUGUUGUAGACCCAUACUUUUUAUGGUGAUAUAUGAAUAAUUAUUGUAAUAAAGAGCCAUUGAAAAACAAAUUUAUCAAUAUUCAUAGAAAAAUACAUAUGUUCAUACACAUAUGAUACCACUUUUCCAGUAAGCAAUGGAAAAAAAAUAUAUAUAUAUAAAACUACACUGCCUCCUACUUUUUGUCAAAUGCUG